AUGACUUGGCCGGAUCGUGUUUGUGUCUACCACAAGCUGCAGUCGAGGCCAGAUGAGAGUACUGCGACGAUGCUGUUGGAUGUGAUGAUUCUAUCUGAUGCCAAGCAACGGCCUGCUGCGCGCUGUCUAGAGGAUGUGGUUGUGUACGACUACAAGGCCGCGAAGAAGACGAGCUUGCCGCCCUUCAUGCUGGAACAGUUUCUGAAGACCUGGAAGUCGCAAGAGGCGGCCAAAUCGGAGAACAGGAAGAAGAUAGAGCAGAUCGAGGGGCAAAUCCGUUAUCUGGAGACACAAAGCUGGGACCGGCCAGAUGCGAAGGAGGAUUUUGGUUCUGCGAAAUGA